AUGGCCGCUACACAAAAUGGCCUCGCCAACGGCGUCAACGGCGACACUCAUUCGGACAUGCCCCUCAUGCCAAACCGCUUUUCGCACAUCGAGCCAGCCAUCGACAUUCCUUUCUAUGAGGGCGGCGCCGAACAGACGGUCGAGAUCAACCUUGUCGACCUCCUCGAUGACCCGACUGAGCUUUGUACGCUGCUGGAGAAUGAAAACGUGGAGGCGCGGUACUGGAUGACCAUUGCGCUGGCCUACGCCAAGCAGCGAAAGGUGGACCACGGCAUUGAGAUACUGCGGAAGGCUUUGGGAGCGCUUGGCUCAGGCAAGAACGUGGAGAGGCUGAGCAUUUUGAGCUGUCUCUGCUGGAUGUACCUAUGGAAGUGUCGCGACGCGCCCCGAGUCCGAAUAGAUGCGCAGUUGUCCUCGGAAGUAAAGACGAAGGACUUCUACAUCCACGCCGCAACGUCAACCUUAAACGACGCCUCCCGAAUAAGUCCUUCAUAUCCCCCGCUCUUCCUCGCCCGCGGGGUUCUCCAGCUUCUUCGCGCCUCGUUGCAGCCGCCGUCCAAAAACAGCUCCGGCCAGGAGAACUCUGAGCGGAUCGAAACCUUGCGCCAGGCCGCGAAGAGCUUCGAAGAUGCCCUACGAGUAUCUGGUGGCAAGAACAUGAUGGCAGUUCUAGGGAAGGCCAGGGUAAACUUCUCACUGGGGAAAUAUGCGGAUGCGCUACAAGGAUACCAAACUGCGCUUGAGCGAGCACCCGGCCUCAUCGAUCCGGACCCUCGAAUCGGGAUUGGCUGCUGUUUCUGGGCGCUUGGGCACAAGGAAGAUGCGAAGGGCGCUUGGGAACGGGCGUUGGAGCUAAAUUCCAACUCAAAAGUUGCGAAUAUCCUCCUCGGUCUAUUCUACCUACAGUCGAGCUCGCACUACUCGACCAACGAUCCAAAGUUCAAAGCGGCGUACAAGAAGGCGAUCACGCAGUACACGCAGAGAUCAUUCAAACUCGACGAUAGAUACCCUCUGACGUGCGCGACAUUCGGCGGCUUCUUUCUGUCCAACAAGCAACUAGCCCAUGUUGAACGGCUCUCAAGGAGGGCUAUAGAGCUCACGGACGUCAACGCCAUCGCUAGCGACGGUUGGUACCUUCUCGCGCGCAAGGAGCACUCUGAGAACGAGGUCUCCAAAGCCAACGAGUUUUACACCAAGUCCGACCAGGCAAGAGGCGGUGAUGAACGCGGCUACUUGCCUGCCAAAUUUGGGGCUGCUCAAGUCAAAAUCUUGAUGCAAGACUUCGACGGCGCGAAGUUCAGGUUGGAGAAGCUCAUCCAGCAAUCAAAAAGCAUCGAGGCAAUGACGCUGCUUGGCACCCUGUAUGCUGAAGACGUGUUCUCUGCGCAGGCGUCAAAUUCAAGGGAGGACAAGUCUACUGAGCUCAAGAAGGCAGUCUCUCUGUUGGAGGCGGUGCGCGCAGCCUGGAAGGAUCCCAAGAAGCAUGCUGAGCCCGAUUCGGCGGUGCUGCUGAACCUCGCGAGGCUCUAUGAGGUUGAUCAUCCAGAGAAGAGUCUCCAAUGUCUGCAACAAGUGGAGCAGAUGGAAAUUGACGACAUACCUGAAGAGGACUACCCUGAAGACGUCGAAGACGAUGCUGCUUUGAAAGCUGCGCUUCGAGAGUUUCUCCCACCCCAGCUCCUGAACAACAUGGGCUGCUUCCACUACCAAUCCGAAAAGUAUCCAAUGGCGCGGGAGCUGUUCCAGACUGCGCUAAACGCCUGUGUCAAGGUGGGAGACAAGGACCAAGCCGUCGAUACAGACGCUCUGGUUACAACCAUCAGCUACAACCUAGCGCGUACUUACGAAGCUGAAGGUAUGCUAGACGAGGCGAAGAAGGUCUACAAGGGUCUACUCGAGCGACAUAGCGACUACACCGAUGCCAACACGCGACUGACCUACAUUGCGCUGCGACAAGACCCACAAGGCGAGGGGCCGAAAGCGAUACAGGAGUUGUAUAAGACAGAUCCUUCGAACCUUGACGUGCGCUCGCUGUACGGCUGGUUUCUGAGCAAAGCCAAGAGGAGGACGAUGAAUAUUGCAGAGGACCAGGAACAGCGACACUACAAACACACGUUGCAGCAAUACGACAAACACGACCGGUACUCGUUGACGGGCAUGGGCAACAUCUAUCUCACGAUAGCGCGAGAAAUGCGAAAGGACACCAAUGAACAGGAGAAGGACAAGCGUCGGAAAGUUUACGAGAAGGCAGUCGAGUUCUUCGACAAGGCUCUGCAACUAGAUCCGCGGAACGCAUACGCGGCCCAAGGUAUCGGUAUUGCCAUGGUCGAAGACAAGAAGGACUUUCCCACAGCUGUGCAAAUCUUUACCAAGGUCCGGGAGACGAUGAAGGAUCCGAGUGUCUACCUCAACCUCGGGCACGCGUACUGUGAGCUCAGGCAGUACUCGCGAGCAAUUGAGAACUACGAGGCCGCCCUCACCAAAGACCGAGCCCACGAUCCGCAGAUCCUGGCGUGUCUCGGUCGUGUCUGGCUCAUGAGAGGCCGACAGGAAAAGAGCGUGCAAGCCAUCAAGACGUCUCUUGAAUACUCCCGAAGAGCCCUCGAAGCCGCCCCUGAGCACAUCAACUUCAAAUUCAACAUCGCCUUCGUCCAGAUCCAAAUCGCCCAACUCAUCUACUCCCUCCCCGAGCCUCAACGCACCCUCGCAGACGUCGAAGCCGCCGCGACAGGCCUCGACGAAGCCAUCGAGUCCUUCUCCGCCAUCGCCAAAUCCCCCAACCCGCCCUUCCCCCGCUCGGAUCUCGAGCAGCGCGCCUCCAUGGGCAGAAACACGAUGCGCAAGCAGCUCGACCGCGCCAUCCAGUCCCAGCGCGAGUACGAGGAGAAGAACGCCGCGAGGCUGCGGGACGCGCGGCAGGCCCGCGAGGCGGAGAUUAGGAAAAGGGAGGAGGAGAAGAGGAAGAUAGAGGAGGCGGCGGAGGAGCAGAGGAGGAAGAUUGCGGAGGAGAGGCAGCGCAUGCUGGAGAGGGAUCGCGAGUUGGCGGAGAAGAGGAUGGAGGAGGAGCGCAGGAGGGAGGAGGCGGAGAUGACGACGGAUGAGGAGACGGGGGAACGGAUUAAGCGGGUCAAGAAGAAGAAGGGCGGGAAGAGGAAGAAGAAGGGUGGGGAGACGGAUUCGGAGGGCGAGGCGUCAGAUGACGGGAGGAGGAGCAGGGUUAGGAGUGGGACGUCGGCUACGCCGGCUUCGGAGGGGGGCGAGAAGGCGCCGAGGAAGAAGAAGAGGAGACUUGAGAAGAAGUCGAAGAAGCAAGGGAAGUUCAAAUCGAGCGAGCUCGUGCAGGAGAGCGAUAGCGACGAUGCGGCUGUUACAAGGCAGCAGAACAAUGAGGCUCUGGCGGCGAAGCUCAACGAGUCGGAAGUCGAGCAGGAAGACGCGGCGGAAGAGAGCGCGGCAGAGGAGACUGCGGCAAACGGGCCCAAGACAAGACCUCGAAAGGCGGCAAGAAUCAUCGAUGAUGAGGACGAGGACGACUACGAUGCGCAAGAUGCUUCUCCUGCGGAGAACGGUGCGAAAGACGGCUCGCCGGAUGAGGAUGUCCCGAUGGUCGAUGAGUCGGUCGCUGCUGCUGGCAACGAAAAUGCUACGGUUCUCGGAGGCGACAUCGAGGACGAGUGA